CUUGUGAGGAAACCGGAAUUCAUUUCUGGAGGAGAGAAAUUAAAGAAGAAGAAGAAGAAGUCAACACAAGAAGAUGAAGGCAGUUGUGGAGUAAUUGGUCUCCUUCAAUCGGUUCUAGAUAUAUAUAAAAGAGUGGAUGCAAAAGAGCUAGAUAGGAAAGCCCAACUGAUGAUGUCUCUGUUGCUGCUGCUGCUACUAGCUAAUGGGGCUGUUCAACUUGUUAGCUAGACGAGGGGUUAUGGGGAUGUGCAGUUGCUGAUUGGGUUUGGCUUUGGUGCUUGUCUAUACUAUAUUGAAUGUGUAAAUUACAGGACUGGUCAUAGACUGAAAUCUACGUACAAACAGGCAGUUUUUUGGCGUUGGAGUAUCUUCAUUUUGUUGUGUUUAAGUAUGGGUCAAAGAUCUCUUCUUCUAUUCAUUUCCUCUUAUGUGCUCUAGAUUGGUGUAUGCAUGCGCAUGGAUAAGGAAUUAUCCAUUGCUGGUGUGCUUUUUGUGCCCAGUGAACUGUCUAAUUGCUAGGUGUUAAUUAUUGAGAUGGGGAUACUCUAUCG